GCUUUUUUAAUGCAACCCUUUUUGUAACAAUGUGGUGUAUUUCAGUAAUUUGUGGUGAAUAUUUCUUCACUCAACCAAAAUUUAGGUUUCUUGUAAUCAAAAGACAAUCUGGAUAAAGUACGCACUGUGUAUUCUGUGCGAAAAAAUUGGAACGAAAGGCCUUAUCAAUGCUGUGCCAUCGACUAAUAUUUAAACUCGUCACCGGCACUGUACAUAAAUAUAAUUUUCAUCAUAGAAAUCUUGCAUUAAGAAUGUCCUCUAAUCAAGCAUCAAAAGUCAUCGCCAUUGGGCAGAUGUGUGCCACAAAUAAUAAAGCUGAUAAUAUGCGGCAAGUUGAAAAGCUAUUCAACAAAGCUAGAGAUCAAUCUGCGACAUUUUUAUUUUUGCCGGAAUGUUGUGACUUCGUUGGCGAACAUCGGAAACAAACAUUGGAGUUGUCAGAGCCUUUAAGUGGUGAAACAAUGAAUCAGUACAAAGAACUAGCUAAAACUCAUAAAAUGUGGCUUUCGUUAGGAGGAAUUCAUGAAUCCAUACUUGAUGAGAAUAGUUGUAAAACUGAUAAAAUAUUCAAUUCCCAUGUUCUUCUUAAUGAUCUGGGCGAAAUAGUGAGCGUUUAUCGCAAAUUGCAUCUCUUCGAUGUGGAAACGGAGGAAAUGCGAUUUCGUGAGUCUGAUGUCGUCACGCCAGGACCACAUUUGGUACCACCCGUUAUCACGCCUAUAGGCUUGUUAGGCAUGCAAAUAUGUUACGACUUAAGAUUUGCCGAAGCCAGUACUAUUUUACGCAAAUCCGGUGCACAGAUUCUCACUUAUCCUUCGGCUUUCGCCUACUCAACCGGCAAAGCACAUUGGGAAAUUUUAUUACGUGCACGCGCUAUAGAAAAUCAGUGUUAUGUUAUUGCUGCUGCUCAAAUUGGUGCACAUAAUGCUAAACGCACUAGUUGGGGGCAGGCUAUGAUCGUAGACCCUUGGGGAAAAGUUUUGGCUAGCUGUGAGCAAGAUAAUUUGGCAAUUGCAACGGCAGAAAUUGAUUUGAACAAAAAUGCUUCGGUGCAAAGAAACAUGCCUGUACUGCAACAUAAACGCAAUGAUAUAUAUUCUCUAACAGCUUUCGGCAUGGGUACUGUUAAUAUUACCAAAGACCAACAUUUUGCUAACAAUAUCAUAAAAAAGGAAACAAUAUUUUAUGAAACUGAACAUUGCUUUGCCUUUACAAAUCUGAGAUGUGUAGUGGAAGGUCAUGUUUUAGUCUCCACAAAAAGGGUUACCAAACGUCUAGAGAGUCUACUUUGUCAUGAGAUUUGCGAUCUAUUUUCCUCUGUCUGUAAAUUACAAAGAAUGUUAGAAGACUUUUAUAAAACAACUUCAGCUACAGUCACUGUUCAAGACGGCCCAGAUGCAGGUCAAACAGUGCCACAUGUACAUUUUCACAUUUUGCCUAGACGGCCAAAAGAUUUUAGUGAAAAUGACCAUAUUUAUACCCGAAUGGACGACCGAUGCUUGGAUCAACCAGAUCGCACUUUAGAAGAUCGUAUAUCGGAGGCUCAAAAAUACCGUGACUUUAUGAAAGGACAAUAAAAUAUAUCCAUUCCUAGUAUAUACAUAUGUAUGUAUAAAAAAUAUAAAUAAAAAAGUGUAUAAAAUUAUUUCAGUAAGUUUAGCUCAAUUUGUAAAUAACCGAUAUGUAAUUGGAUAUGAUAAUUUGAAAUAAUAAACAUUAUAUAAUCAACCAAACU